AUGCCUGAGCCUACACCGUUCAAUCUGACGGCGCUGGACCGCCAGCUGCUAGCGAUGACCGACGAGGAGUUUGUGGCACAUGAUUGGGAUGACCUCAAAGCUAUCAUCGGUACGUCUUCCCCAACUCGUCUCCAAUUUUUCCCUCCCCUCAAUCACCCGAGACCGCAAUUCUGCUUGUUCUUCUCCCCCUCACUCAUUCAUGCAGCGCGGAACGAUCUCGGCGCCCUCAAGCGGAGACCCUCCGACUUGCGCCGAUACCUGACCUGGACGGCCAACACGAAAGCCCAGUAUGGUUCAAUCAUGAACUUCAUCUGCCAGCAGCGGCUGAAAUGGCACUUCCCGAACGCCGACCCCAAUGCCGCCACAAAUGGUACCACUGCCUCCACCCUGACCACCAGCAUCAGUAACGGCGCGAGUUCCGCGGCAAUCCAAGCCCCAAGUGGGCCGCUGGUCACCUUCAAAAACCCGCGCCCAUUUGCCGAUCCCGAGGAUUACAGGAUUCUCCGCAACGACUGGCCCUACGGUCUGAGCCCCGGCAUCUCACAUCUCGUCGUAUGGCUGCGGACUCCAAUUCCCGUGAAAUCCGCCGAGGGUCACUUGACGGAUGAGUCCCGAGCGCUCAUCGAAUCCUUUGUUCAACGCACUUUUGUGGCCCGGUUGGCCAAGGAUACGCAGGGGCGCUUCCCAGACCCCGAGUCGCAUGUGCUCUGGUUUAAGAAUUGGGUUGGGUUGCAAAGUGUCCGAGCGCUUGAGCAUGUGCAUAUCCUCGUACGUGAUGUCCCCGACGAGAUCCUAACCGAAUGGUCUGGGGAGUCUGGGGAAGCAAAGACAUCUUCGGUAUAG